GACACAUUUAAAACGUCACUAACCAGGACAGUUCCAACUAGCUAGCUAAAUAAGUUUUGAAAGACAGACUUUGUUAUUUUAUACAAUUUUCACUUAGCUGACAAGCUAGUAUAUUAUCUAUUAAGUGUUUUUGACGUUGCCAAAAGUCACCUCAGUAUCGCCUGAACCGUCGUUUCUGUUGUCAGAUUUGCACAGGUUUGCUAACACUAGCUAGUUUACCAGAAUGGAUGUCUUACGUCCACCUCUUAUAAAUAUAAAUGGAAGAAUAUACCGCAGGAAUAUAAUUAAGGAAGAGCAUUAUGAGGAAGAGGAAGAGUUUUCUUACAUGGGACCACCAGAUGAUGAAGAGCUUGGAGAAGACGAAACCUGUGAUACCCACUUAAUUGAACAGAGUGAUAAAGGAUAUCGCUGUGCCAUCGAUGUCCCAAGUGUUCUUUACAAAUACAUCAUUGGGAAAAAAGGAGAAACGCGUAAACGUCUGGAGUUUGACACAAAGACGUCUAUUAACAUCCCAAAACAAGGAGUGGAAGGGCAGAUUGUCAUUACAGGUUCCACCAAAACUGCAGUUUCAUCUGCUGUCACUCGAGUCGAGGUCCUUGUUGAGAGUUUCCGGAGGAAGCAGCCCUUCACGCACUUUUUGUCAUUCCCUUUAAACAACUCAAAAAUUCAAGAGGGAUUCCUGAGAUUUAAAGAUGAGGUUUUGAAGCAAUGUUCACAGGAUCAUGGAGUAGAGGAAAGCAUCUUUCAAAACCCUGCAAAGCUCCACUUGACCAUUGGCACCUUGGCUCUGUUAAAUGAAAUGGAAGUGAGAAAAGCAUGUGAACAUCUCCAAGAGUGUCAAAACUUCAUCAGAGACAUCACUGAAGGAAAACCUCUCCCACUGGAGGUGACAGGCAUAGAGUACAUGAAUGAUGACCCAGCAAUGGUGGAUGUUUUGUAUGCUAAAGUCAAUGUUCGAGAUGGAUCUGACAAGUUGCAGGUGAUUGCAGACAGACUAGUAGAGCAUUUUGUCUCUGCAGGGCUGAUGGUCCGAGAGUGGGACAGAGUGAAGCUACAUGGUACUGUGAUGAACACUCUGUUCAGAAAAGACUCCACAGUGGAAGAUACGGGCGCAGCAGGACGUCAAACUGUCAAUGAAAGAGAGGCUUUUGAUGCCAAAAACAUACUAAAGAAAUUUGGUGCUUAUUGUUUUGGAGAGAUUGAGCUGAAUACUGUGCAGCUGUCCCAGAGAUAUUCAACAGACUGCACUGGAUACUACAGCUCUGCAGGGAGCAUCAGCUUCUCUUGAGCUCACGCAAGAGUGAGCAUAUACUGAGGGACAUGAUUGAGGAUGUUUUGCACAGAUGUCCGCAUUAAUGAUUGUACUGAAAACACAUGAGGAAGCAUACGUCAUCCGUAGACACGGACUCUGAAGAGAGAUACAAUUUGUCCUGAGACUUAAUAUAACGCAUUCAGACUGACUGUUUAUUUAAAUGGCCAUAUGUCUUCUUAGUUGUAUAGAUCAGGAGCAUAUUGGAUUAUGGCUGCAAUGAAGGAAUAAUUUCUCACUAUCAGACAUUCAUAUUGUCUUGAUAAAUUGGUUAAUUAUCUAUGAAAUGUCAGGAAAUUUGGAAACAUGGGUAACAUUUAGGAUGCCAGAUUUAACAUUGAUAAGUGGGAAGCAAACAUUUAGUAAAUGGUUUUUGAAACUGUAAUUUAGUUUUAAUUAAGUUAAAAGCUUCGUGUUUAAUAUUUAAUAAAUUUUCAGUCUGUUUUCAGCUAUAAAUGUGUCCAAGUAAGAAUUUGCUCGCAAAAAGAUUGAUAGAUUGCUGCAUUGUAUAGAUCAUUUAGGAAAUGUUCUUUAUGUCUGUUAUUUAUAUAGAAAGGACAUAACCUAAAAAGUUGCUGAAAAAAUAAUUACUACAGUCUGUUUUAAAUCACUCAUUUCUGUAAGGCUAAAGUCCCAAAAAGGCCUAGAAGCCCGGUCAGUAAAUCCCCUGCAACCGUCACUCUCUAGGGAAAAAUGUAUAUUGACCAAGUCGUGGUUGGAGGCAGUUGCUCGUUAAAACUGGUUACAAGCAGUGAGAACUGUGACCAAUUUUACCUUGUGUCUGCCAGCAACCUCCAGGAAGCACUUGCCACCAGCCAAAGAAUACACAUUUUCCCCUUACCACCGGUGCUUGCCAGAUGUUUGCCAGUAGGUCUCUAGGACUGUGUGACAAGGGCCUAAUGCUCCAAUCAAACUAGAAAAAACAGUAGUUGAAGAUCGUGGCAUGAUCGUGACUACUCAGCCUACAAUGGGGACCAAAUCUCCAACUACUCGCAGUCAGUUGUUCUCUUCAAAGAACCUUUGGUACAUCAGGAUGGCGAUAAAACAGCAAGUCAUUCUACUAACAGUUUCUAAUUAAAUGUUGCAUGUUUGCAUGUUUUUGAUAAUAUGAAGAUUAAAAUGGAUAAAUCUGUAAAAA